UGCACAUAUAUACAUAUAAUUUUUAAAACAAAAAUAAGAUCUUACUAUGCUUUCUGAUUGUUUUGCUUGACUCUCUUGGACAUCAUUCCACAUCAGUAGAUAUAUUCUAUACCAAAAUUGUCAGUGGCGGAAUAGUAUUCCAUUGGGAGGACACAUCCCAUCAGACAUUUGUUGUUCUUUCUAAUUCUGGUUGACAUAAACAAAGAUAUGACAAACAAGAUAAAUCUUUCUAAAAUGUGGCUGUGCACACGUCAUCCCCUUAUUUCUCUCCUGCUCAAAACCCACCAAGAGCUUCCCAUUACCCACAUGGCAAAGCCUCACUUCUAUAACUUGGCCUUUGGGUCUGUCCUGUGUCUGCCUGGAACUUCCCUCUGCCCAGAUCCCCUACCCUUGCCAGGCAGUUUGGGCCACUGGAUCUUUACAGGCCCUGUCCAUUCCCGCAUCUGCACCUUUGCUCUGGCUGUGUUCCCAGCCUGGGCUGCCCUCUCCCUCUCACACCACUUGGCCCCAUCCCAAGGGUCUCCACCUCCUUCAGAACUCCACCCUUCAGUGACUGAGUCUUCUCUUUUUCAUGAUCCCUUCUUGUAUGGUUCACUCAGAAGGCACUUUGCACAGUCUUGUAUCUUUGCUCUCCUUUCAGGGGAAUUUUUCACUUCCCAACAACGCUGGAACCAGCGAGGAUACACUACUGUGUCUACAGUGCUCAGAAGGGCACCUCGCACACACAGGCACCUCCUGGGUCAAAGUUUGCUGAUGGUGAGCGCAAGGAUUGGUUUCAUCUUUCUCCCUGGAAUGAGGGUGGAGAUGGAAAGACGCGCCUCUGUGUCCUUCCCACUCACUGCGGGCCUGUGCCCACAGUGCCCAAUCUCAGCUUGAUGAUGGCUGUCAACGCCAUAAGACCCACGGGGACAGCUAAUGCAGCACCCACAGUCCCCAUCUCCUGGAGACAGGGACGAAGGUACAAAGGAGGAGGUGGGAAUGGUCUUUCUGGCUCUAGGCACCAGGACUUCUGGGAAGGGGAGCUGAACAGGAGUGGAGGGUGGGGGAAGGCCACUCUGGGGUGCUAAUCCCAGCUUCCUGUCUGGAUUUUCUUCGACUGCUGCUCAGGGCCUAUCUUAGGAUGGUCACAGCUGCCGAAAUAGAUCUCUCCCUUCACCUGUUCUUAAGCAAAGAAGACCUCGAUAACUUCCUGUUGAAAGAAUGAAAGCUUUGGUAAUUUUUCCGGGAUGAAGGGCAAUAAUGGGGUCACUGAUGUUAAACUCCCCAGACUUUGCCACCUCUUUGGAGCAGUGGCUCCCCUUGACCAGGAACCGGGGAGCAAACAGGGGCCAGCCUUUUCCGUAAACUUGGUUGGUGUUUCCUUCCUUGGUGGCCUCCAGAAACCACUCUUGGCCCGCAGGACGGCCCUCUGAUUCAGAGUGACAGGGAGCAAAUCCUUUGCCCUCCUCAUUCACCUGCCCCUUGCCCCCAAGCCUGCUCCAACAGAAUUCUCUACUCCUAACUCAUCAUCCUAGUCAGCUGGGCACUGGGCCCCAAAAACCAAGUGUCCGAAUUGGGGCGGGCCUCCCCAGCCACUCACGCGUUCACUCAACAAACUCGGCCCCCCAGGCUCCGUGCCGGGGAUGCCCCAGGCUGCGAGGUACAGCGAGGGAUGCGCCGUGAUGCCCAGGCAGCCACGGCGCGGGGGGUUGGAUGUGGACAUCUGGGAGAGAGUUGGGCCUCCGGGGGUGGGGGUGAGGGUCCUCGGGACCCCUCGUCCCUAGAGGUGGAGAGAGAAGAGCAGGAGGCGGCGACGAAGGGCGAACGUCCCAGGCACCGGAACGCUGGCGGGACCUGCGCAUGCGUAGGAGGAGACUUUGGCGUCGCCCAGCGUCGUCAAGGUAACCCUGAUCCGCUGCAGCUGGCCAUGGCCUCAGGGACUGGAGGGAGCUGGGGUCGUCCCCCCGCACAGACUGUAGCCCCGACGCCCUGGGUGACCAUUCUGCAGCCCCUCCUGUGGGCCAUCCCACCUCCGUCCCCACAGCCGAGCCGCGUGAAGGAAGACCUGCUGGAACUGAUGAUGCUGCAGAACGCGCAGACGCACCAGCUGCUUCUGAGUGGCCAGGUGGCAGCGGCGCUCAACCAGGGGCUUGCCUGGUCCGGCCCGCAGGUCUACCUGGAGGGUCAACAGGAGGCGGCGUAUGAAGAGGAGGAGGAGACGGAAGCCCAGGAGGAGGGGCCUUUGGUGUUCCACCACCACUACCUGCCCUGCCUGAUGCCUGCUCUGGGCCCCCUGCUCCCCUGGCCGGCCCCUCUCCUUUCCCCUCCCCUACCGCAGCCCCACUUGCAGCCCUUGGCCAGGGUUCAGCACCACCCUGCUACCUCUGGGAAAAGGGGGGCGAGAGCAGUGCCCCCGCCCCCACCCCCCAGCGCCGCAGGGACUGUGGGUGUGGAUGUACCCCCAGCUUCAGGUAGGGACCAGGUGGGUGGGCAGUGGGGCCCAGGCCUGGCGGUCGAUCAGAGGCCAGGAAGGCCAUGCGCCCUGGGGGGCUGAGGGCCCCCCACUGUCAUGGCCGCGGACACCUGGCCUGUCCCCUUCCGGUUUCCUCCCUG